AUGGCUAAAGAGGCUGCCAAAACUCGGGAAUUAAACAGAACGGCUCAAAUCUUGAGAGAAAGAUUAGAGAGUGGUGGGUGUGACCUUCGAGACUUCCUUCAGAUCAUUGGAUAUUCCAGGCCGAACAUUCAAGCGUUCAUCAACCCUGCUCUGGAUCGUCCUCUUUAUCGUUUUGAUCCCUUCUCCGAAACAAUCUCCCAGAUUGAUCGAUUGGGCGUCCAUCGUGCGGUUAUUGUAGAUCCUGUUGACGUCCCUGUCUCCGAUGUUGUUCCUGGUGCUCUUGACGUGCCUGUCCCUGUUCUUGUUCCGGACUUCGCCGAAGUUGAACCCGGUGAUGGCGGCAACCCUGAAGAUAGCGGUAAUCCUAAUAUUGACAGAAAUCCAGUUAACGACGGCGGCGGCGGUGAUCUUGGUGAUGACGUCAGAGUGGCUCAUCCACCAGCUCCUAAUUCUGUGAACGCAGACGUUGAUGACAUUUUAGCAGAUGACGCGUAUUAUCGAGGGGAAAUACACCUGAUCGAUGAGCCUAUUGAGCAGCCAUGGAUACAUGAGGCAACCACUAAUAUGACUUUUGACGAUGAAGAACCCCCAGACAACGAAGAACCUUGUUGCCUUUGCCGUAAAAACGCACGAAAAAUGGCCUUCACCCCUUGUGGCCAUCGGUGUCUGUGCCAUGAGUGCACGUUCAAAUUGAAUAAAUUUGCCCGAAGGCAAAAUGCCCACCGAACUCAUUAUCAAAUUAAGUGCGUGCUCUGCUUGAUACCUAGUACAAAUAUAGUUUAUGUACGUAACUAA